AUGUCGUACGACUGCUACGUUGCCAUCUGCAAACCCCUGCACUACGGGACCCUCCUGGGCAGCAGAGCUUGUGUCCACAUGGCAGCAGCUGCCUGGGCCACUGGGUUUCUCACUGCUCUGCUGCACACGGCCAAUACAUUUUCACUGCCCCUGUGCAAGGGCAAUGCCCUGGGCCAGUUCUUCUGUGAAAUCCCCCAGAUCCUCAAGCUCUCCUGCUCACACUCCUACCUCAGGGAACUUGGCCUUAUUGUGGUCAGUGCCUGUUUAGUUUUCAUGUGUUUUGUGUUCAUAGUGGUGUCCUAUGUGCAGAUCUUGAGGGCCGUGCUGAGGAUCCCCUCUGAGCAGGGACGGCACAAAGCCUUUUCCACCUGCCUCCCUCACCUGGCCGUGGUCUCCCUGUUCAUCAGCACUGCCAUGUUUGCCUACCUGAAGCCCCCCUCCAUCUCUUCCCCAUCCCUGGACCUGGUGGUGUCUGUUCUGUACUCAGUGGUGCCUCCAGGGGCUGGGUACCUGGAGCACAACUGUUCUGACUAUUAA